ACUUCCCCUUCCCAAAUGCAGUGUAAACAAGUUUUGACAACUCACACAGCCAAACUUCCAGUUAUGAAAGCUGCUAUCUUGAGAGCGGGUUCAGUUCCGGUUCUCUCAUCAGCUCUUUCCGGUUCACCCAGAGUCUCUCUUUCUCGUCAAGGUUUGUUACGUGGAGUUUUCUCCGGAGACUCUCCGAUAGUAUCGUUGCAUUUCCUUAUGGAGAAAAGGAAGCCGAAGGAAACUCGCUCGCACUUAAGACGAGCUUUGUCCGAUACGGAUAUCAUCAGAUCGGAGCCUCGAGUUCCCGGUGGAUCUCGGUGUUUUACGGAGGGAAAAAUGGAGGAAGAGUAUCUGUCCGAUUGUGAAGUGGACAGCGAGUUCCGAACUGAAUUCGGGAUCACAUCGGAAGAAAUCGGAUUCUCCGGUGAUGGAUUUGGAACUGGCGGGAAAUUCGGCAGUGAUCACGGUGGUGAUUCGUACGGGGAUAAGAGCCAGAUAGGAGAUUAUUAUCGUGAAAUGUUGAAACUGAAUCCCGGUGAUUCGCUUCUGUUGAGAAACUACGGCAAGUUCUUACACGAGGUGGAGAAGGAUAUGGAUGGAGCAGAGGAGUAUUACGGAAGAGCCAUCUUAGCGAGUCCCGGAGAUGGAGAAGUUUUGUCUUUGUACGGAAAGUUAAUAUGGGAACGACACAGAGACGAAAGCCGAGCUAAAUCUUACUUCGACCGAGCCAUUACUGCAUGUCCUAAUGACUGCAUGGUGUUGGGAUCUUACGCACACUUUCUGUGGGAUGCGGAGAAAGACGACGAUGAAGAAGUAGGAGUUUCCAGGGUUAUGGCUGCAGCUUUUUAAUGCUCCAUCCAUCCAUCGUUUACCUUCAGU